AGCUAGCUAGCUAGCUAACGUUAGCCGUUGAUCCCGUCUAGUUCCUGGAGUAACGUUACAUUAAAUAGAGAUUUACUCUAACUCUGUGAGCUCUGUGUGGUAAUACUUGUUGCUUUAAUAGUCAUAGAGAUAGUAUGGAUUUCUACAACUGGCCGGAUGAAUCAUUCGAGGAGAUGGACAGCACCCUGGCUGUCCAACAGUACAUUCAGCAGAACAUUAGAUCAGAUUGCUCCAAUAUCGACAAAAUCCUGGAGCCUCCGGAGGGUCAGGAUGAGGGAGUGUGGAAGUAUGAACAUCUCAGGCAGUUCUGCCUGGAGCUCAACGGACUAGCCGUAAAACUGCAGAGUGAGUGCCAUCCAGACACCUGCACUCAGAUGACAGCCACAGAGCAAUGGAUCUUUUUAUGUGCUGCCCACAAGACACCCAAAGAGUGCCCUGCCAUUGAUUACACCAGGCACACGCUGGACGGAGCUGCCUGUCUUCUCAAUAGCAACAAAUACUUUCCCAGCAGGGUGAGCAUCAAGGAGUCAUCAGUGGCCAAACUGGGCUCCGUCUGUCGCCGCAUCUAUAGGAUAUUCUCUCAUGCCUACUUCCAUCAUCGCCAGAUAUUUGACAAGUAUGAGAAUGAAACGUUCCUGUGUCACCGGUUCACGCGCUUCGUCAUGAAGUACAACCUGAUGUCCAAGGACAACCUGAUCGUUCCCAUCCUGGAGGAGGAAGUGCAGAACACCUCAUCGGCCGGAGAGAGCGAGGCCUGAACACACAAUCUGCUGCUGCCAUAAAGGGAGACACAUCUGAAACACAACCACCCUGCACACACACACACACACACACACACACACAC